AUGAGGAUCCGGCUACAUAUUUGCACUACAAUGGAACCUGAACAACUCCUGACUAGCUUCUGGAUUCAACCGACAUCGGCGAGCAACAAGUCCCCUCAACUUCAACCAACAUCCUCACAAACCUUGUGUGGAAAGAUAGCUAUUCCCCGUGGCAAGACAAAACAACAUCGAGUGUUUUGGUCUGAACACCUUGAGGAACUGAAAAGAAAUAGGAACGCCCUUCGCAACACUGAUGAUCAGAAUGGAAAUAGGAACGCCCUUCGCAACACUGAUGAUCAGAAUGGAAGAUCGGAAGACAUACAAGCCUGGAGACGGCAGGCAGCCGUCCUAAGGCAAACCAUCUUAAAAGCUGAACGGACUUCCUUCGACAACUUCAUCUCAAAUAUCAAUUAUCAAAGUGAUAGUCAACGCAUUAUCAAAUUCCUGGGUAACCUCCCAAAACAACAGGGAAAGACCCACGAAAGAAACAAUACCCUUAAACAAAAAACUGCUUACCACCGACUCCGAAAUACCUAA